UAAUAAAUAAGAGUUGGUGUAAAUUUUUAAGAGGGUAUUAUGACUGAUUUUCAAAAACAUGUCGUAAUAUUUCUGACUCUAAUUUUCCAUCUUUCAAUUUCAGUCGCGAUAUUCGACGCUGACUCUCCUUCGAGAUCUGUUAUUCACUCUUGUUCUCGUCGUUGCGCUUCAUCUUUAAGGUUUCUUUGUCGGCAUCAAGAGGACACCUGCUCCUCCACUGCUAAACCCUCGUGAGCCGCCAUAUGUCAAUCGAUGACCAUUCCUCCUCUACAGUAGCCACCGCGAGCACCUCCUUGUUGCGCCUCACCUAGGGUUCUAACUGCAGUGCGCCAGCCCGCGACCUCCGUGCCUCACCUAGGUCAUUCUCAACAAUUCAAUGGGAGUACGUAACUGAAUCGUCAAUUCUCGAUCCAAAAUCGACAAUGUCUUGGGGUUUGGGCUGGAAGAGACCUUCGGAGAUCUUCCACCUCACUCUCAGCUAUGGCACCGAUGAUCCGCUGAAGAAUAUUGCUCGUACUUCAUCCUUUUCUCGGUCCUCCUCUUCCUCUUCUUCUUCGUUGUCUUCGUCCGCUUCUACUUCCUCAAUCAUCUCCCAGGAUCAGGAGCUCAGGUUUCGCAUUGAAUUGGAUUGGUCAGCAUCAACGGACGAGGACCAGGUGGUGUUAAAGCUUCAAUCGCAGCUAAUGGUGGUGCUGCCGAUGCUGUGGGAGACGGUGGUGGUUGAGCUCUCGCCUCGGGACGAUGAUGAUAACGUGGUGGAUUUGGGAAUGAAGGUUGUUAAGCGACGAGAGCCUCUCAGAUCGUUGGAGAUGCCGCCGUUGUCGCUCUGGCAACCACUGGACCAGAAUCUCUGUUUUGAGCCUAUGUAGUUAUGGCUUGUCGAGAAAGACAUACCGUCUCGGUUUUUAGAUGAGAAAAAGUAUGCUAAGGAAGCUUUUGACUCUGGUGGCCAUAGACACCAACACACCAUGGCCAUGGCUUCCUAUCUAUUAUAUCUCUUCUUUAGCUUCCUCACUUUGGCAAGUAGUGACACAAAUUAUAUAAACGACCGACCAAUAUCUACAGAAGAUCCAACAGAGACUGCAUCACCAAGAGCAGCAACAAAAUUAUCACGAACCCUCACUGACUAUCUACGCCUAAGUUGCUCCAGCGACACAAUUUCUGGCACUGUCUUCAAAUCCAACCUUAACACGCUCCUAUGGAAGUUAUCUAACGCCACCACCGACAACGGCUUCAACAAAACCACAGUCCCCGGAGAAAACCCCUCAGACUCAGUCUUUGGCUUGUUCAUGUGCAGCGGUGACGUUCCCUCUCAGCUUUGUCGACAAUGCGUCCAAAAAGCAGCCCAACAGUUAACGCUAGACUGCUCUUCCUCCUCACAAGCUCUCAUUUGGUACGAUGACUGCAUGCUUCGUUAUUCCAACUACUCAUUCUUCUCCACCUUCGACACAAAACCUAGCUUUGCCCUAAGAAGCACUGUCAACAUCUCUAACGAGGAAAGCUUCACGCUUUUAUUAUUUCGGACCAUGAACAAGACUGCAGAUCAAGCAGCCCAUUCGCUUCUUCCUAUCAGUGGCAAGAAGUUUGCCACAAAGCAAGCAAACGUGUCUGGAUUUCAGAGGCUUUAUUGUCUGGCGCAGUGCACUCCCGACUUGUUACCCAAUGAUUGCAGAAGCUGUCUGGAUGCAGCCAUAGGGGAACUUCCGCGGUGCUGCGGAGGGCGACAAGGAGGGAGAGUUUUAUAUCCCAGUUGUUUUGUUAGGUAUGAAUUGUACCCUUUUUAUCGCUCCCUUCUUCCCUCGCUGUCGGUUCCUAUUCCUGCAUCAAAUUUUUCAGACGCAGACUCGCAAUAUUCCAAAAAUCCAACUUAUCUUCACCACAAUUGCUCAGCUGAUUCAACUGCUGACAGCGCUUUCAAGGAGGAUCUCAAGACCCUUUUCUCUUAUUUGUCUUCCAAAACUACUAACUCAUACUACAAGGACAGUGUCGACGAGAAUGUGGACGGCUUCUUCAUGUGCCGUGGUGACCUUCCCUCUCAACUUUGUCAACAAUGCGUCCUAAACGCAACCAGUUAUAUAUCUUCACGCUGCAAUUCUUCUAAAGAGGCUAUAAUUUGGUUCAGCCACUGCAUGCUGCGCUAUUCUAACAACUCUUUUUUCUCCCGCGUGGAAAAAAUUCCAAUGUUUCAAGUGUUGAAUGUUACCACUAGCUCUAGCCCCAUCCCUGGCCAAGACUUCUUCACUUACUCAUUAUCAACUGCUUUAGCUAGUCUGGCAGAUGAAGCAGGAGAUACUGCAGAGAAAUAUAUAACUAAAUCAUUAGCAUUAAAUGAUGUACAGACCCUUUACACUCUUGGUCAGUGUACGCAGGAUUUGUCCAGUCGCGACUGUGAGCGCUGUCUAGCAGAUCUAAAUGGAAGAAUUCCGUGGUCAAACUUGGGAAGCGUUGGGGGAAGAGUUCUAUAUCCAAGCUGCAACAUCAGGUUUGAAUUAUUCCAAUUUUACAUGGCUGAUGCUGACGCAGCUGAACCGCCUAGUUCGAUUAACCAUACUUCUCCAUUUCCUCUUCAUGAAAGGAAAAAAGACCAAUCUCGUACCGUGAUUUUUGUUAUUGUACCGACGAUUAUUUCACUGACACUACUCUCUUUAGUCUACUAUUUGAUAAACUACUAUUUGACGAAGAGAAACAGAAGAAAAAAUGUUAAGACAAUUCUUAGAGAACAAUUUGGUCAUGAAAGUGUAGCUUUAGAGCCCUUCCAAUUCAAGUUAUCUGUAAUUGAGGCCGCGACCAACAACUUUUCACAGGAAAAUAAAAUAGGUAGAGGUGGAUUUGGAGAAGUUUACAAAGGUGUUCUUGAUGGAAGACAAAUAGCGGUGAAACGACUUUCAAUAAGAUCUAGACAAGGAGAAAAUGAGUUCAAGAAUGAAGUUUUAUCGAUAGUUAAACUUCAACAUAGAAAUCUUGUGGGAUUCGUUGGCUUUUGUCUUGAAGAACGAGAUAAAAUACUAAUUUAUGAAUAUGUCCCAAACAAGAGUCUUGAUUCCUUUUUAUUUGGUAUGACACUUGAAUACCUUAAUUUAUUUUUAUUUAACUCCAUUUAUAAACUCCCAAAACAUAUUUCACACUUACCUUUUUCAAUUAAAAUUGCAGAUUCUCAAAGAUCAAAGUUGUUAGGUUGGUAUGAACGAUACAAUAUUAUAGUGGGCAUUGCUCGUGGAAUUCUUUACUUACAUGAACAAUCUAGACUCAAAGUUAUACAUCGAGAUCUUAAACCUAGUAACAUUUUAUUAGAUGAAAAUAUGAUUCCAAAAAUUUCAGAUUUUGGUUUGGCUAGAAUUAUAGAAAUAAAUCAAGAUCAAAAGAGUACACACAACGUUGCUGGAACAUAUGGUUAUAUGUCUCCAGAAUAUUUAAUUCUUGGACGAUUUUCUGAGAAGUCAGAUGUUUUUAGUUUUGGUGUUAUGGUGCUGGAGAUUAUUACCGGAAAAAAGAAUUCAAGUUCGUAUGAUUCCAAUCGGAUUACUUAUGAUCUCUUAAGUUAUGUUUGGAGACAAUGGAAUGAUCAUGUCACACUUGAUAUACUAGAUCCAAGUAUGAAAGAAAAUUUUUCCGAAAUUGAAGUGAAUAGAUGUAUUCAAAUUGGUUUACUAUGUGUCCAACCAAAUCCUAAUACUAGACCAACAAUGACAGAAAUUAUUUCAUAUAUUAGCAGUUACUUGAUUGAGUUGCCAAGUCCACGAGAACCUGCAUUUGGUAGGCUAGAUAGACCAGGAGUUUUACAAGAGUCGAGUUCUAGUCAGUCUACAAAUGGUUCUACUCUUAAUGAAAUUUCUAUGAGUGAAUUUCUUCCUCGAUAAUAAAUAAUUUUCUUUUUAA